CCUCUCUUCGCUUCCAAUUUCAGAAACCAGCUUCACAAAACCCCUCCAAAAUUUAUGUAAUUACCUCCCAUCUCUCCAUACUGCCAUAUCUAACGCAAAGCCCCAAAAGCACAAGGGCUAAAAUGCAAAAACAAAUAGCAGUAAAAUUGUAAAAAGCUUGGCAGUACACUAAUCAUGGGUGGCCAGGUCUUCCCUUUACAACCCAAAAUCAACUCAAAUCAAAUCUCCACUGCUUAAGAGCUUCAAGCAUCAGCAACCUUCUCCUCCUCUUCGCUUGGAGAAGCAAGAGCAGGAGAGCAGAAGCAGAGUGGAGUUUAGCUAGCGAGCGCAAGCCACCAUGCGCGGGCCACCGCAUGCUGCGGCGGUGCUCCUCGUCGCCGCCGCCGCCCUCUGCCUCGGCGGCCGCGCGGAGGAGCUCGAGGCGUCGUCGCCGGAGUUCAACUACCCGGCGGUGUUCAACUUCGGCGACUCCAACUCCGACACGGGAGGGCGCGUGGCCGCCGGGUUCGAGUCCAUCGCGCCUCCCUACGGCUCCACCUUCUUCGGCUCCCCCUCCGGCCGGUUCUGCGACGGCCGCCUCAUCAUCGACUUCCUCAUGGAUGCAAUGGAUAUGCCGUUCCUCAAUGCAUAUUUGGAUUCUGUUGGUGCACCUAACUUACGUGCGGGUGUUAAUUUUGCUCAAGCUGGCUGUUCAAUUACUCCAGCAACGGCAACAUCUGUCAGCCCAUUUUCAUUUGGUCUUCAGAUUAAGCAAUUCUUUGCAUUCAAGGACAAAGUUACUAAGCUUCUAUCUAAAGGAGAUACGUACAGGAGAUAUAUUCCUCAGUCGGAUUACUUUUCGCGGGGACUUUACACGUUUGACAUAGGUCAAAAUGACCUUGCUGGUGAAUUCUACUGGAAAACAGAGGACCAAGUUGCUGCAUCCAUUCCGACUAUUUUGUUGGAAUUCGAAACUGGGCUGAAGAAAUUAUAUGAGCAAGGUGCCAGGAAAUUCUGGAUUCACAACACAGGUCCUCUUGGCUGCUUACCUCAAAACGUAGCUUUUUUCGGCAAAGACCGAUCCCAGCUGGAUGAACUUCGUUGUGUAGCAAAGCAUAAUCGUGUUGCAAAGCUUUUCAACUUACAGCUGCAUGCACUUUGCACAAAGUUAAGAGGUGAAUUCGCUGGGGCUAGUAUCACUUAUGUUGACAUCUACACCAUCAAGUACAGCCUGAUCGCUAAUUAUUCGCGCUAUGGGUUCGAGAAUCCCAUCCAAGCAUGCUGUGGAUAUGGAGGGCCACCCUUGAACUAUGACAGUAGAGUACCUUGUGGGCAGACAGCGUCUCUGAAUGGUAAUCUUGUAACAGCCAAAGGGUGCAAGGACAGUACAGAAUUUGUCAAUUGGGAUGGAAUCCAUUACACAGAAGCUGCGAAUUUCCACAUCGCGUCGCAGAUCCUUACAGGGAGAUACUCUGACCCUCCAUUUGCUGACAAGAUGCCAUUUCUCAUAAAACCGAAGUUCUAAUGAGCAGAUCUUUUUUUCGCUUUUAUAAACUACGAGGUGUUGUAUUUGAUAAAAAAAAAACGUUGUAUUUGUUACUUGUCAAUAGAUAAUAAUCACAUAUAUAGCUCUUUUCAGUUGUUCAUAUA